GACUUCAAGCGUGUCGAGGGACAGCGAAAGUUGGUAUUCUUCUCGUAUACAAGAGUUUCCGAUUAAGUAAAGAUGUGUAUACAAGAGUUUCCGAUCUUCUGGUUUAUAUAUUCGAUUGUUGAUAUCAGGUCAGGUUUGGUAUUGCUUUAGGGUUUACAUUUUCCAACUGCAAGAGUUUUGCGCUUUGGCGAAAGUUGUACUAGUACAUUGCCGAUUAUCUCUGGGAAAGAAUUGAAAGCAUGGCUCGCUUCUACGUCGAGGAUAUUUUGCUAUCGAAGAAAGACGCGGAAAACGUGACCUGCCCCGUCUGUCUGCACGUCUGGCUUGACCCGGUGGAGACCACAUGCAGUUGCCGACGGAUCUUCUGUCGCUCGUGCAUUGGUAUGGUUUUUCGGAUUCUCAUCAUAAUUCUCGUCAGGUGUCAGCAUUUACAUAGUGGGCAUGAUCAUUUUAUUGGCCAUCGUGACUUGUCACUCAAAUGAUCUUCGUUUUGCAUGUUGAUUUUUGUUACCGGCAAACCCAGAUUCAUCAACAAGCAACUGCACAGAUCCGCUGCUUAAGUGCCCCGUAUGUAGGGAUGACUUCAGUGCACAACGACAACUCGAGAAAUACAAGUCAUGCGGCCGAUUUGCCCUGAGCGCAAGAGACGAUCUGAAGGUAGAGAUAUGUUGCAGUGUUUUUGUGCAAAGUCUUAGGACAACUUACUUGGCAUUUUCAUCGUUGUUACCUCCAACCUCAACACUACAUCAUCAACACACAACAACAUGCAUCAGGUUCGUUGUCCCAACGCGAUGCCUGCAACGAGUACUAGCAGUGCGACGGAAGAGGUUCGGACUACUGGAGCCAUCGGAGUAGAGCCGGCCCUAAAGCGCAUCAAGUGUGGCUGCGACGAAGCGAAGAUCAACCCAGUGCGUACCCCCGGGUGCACUUGGACCGGUACCUACGGCGACUUCCUCUCGAAGCACAUAGGCGAAUGUCGGCACGAGGUCAUUUCUUGCCCUCGCGGUUGUGGUGUGAAGUUCCAGCGCGGGCAGCUAACUGCUCACGAGGCGGUCUGCAAGAAGAACUUUGCGGAGUGUGCCAUCUGCUGUGAACUUGUUAAGCCCGACCAAAUGGAAGAGCAUAACAAUCUGUCAGCUGAGCUCCACGUCAGCAUUCUGCAGGAACAGUUAGCAGCAGCUGAUCCCCUGCUGAACCUCUCGAAGAGGAUGCAGUCCAUGGAGACCAGCAUCAGCGUUCUCGCUAACAACCAGGAUAUAUUGGAGAAGAACAUCCACGGCGCAUUUACCGGGCUGGGAACGCGUGUAAACGAAUGCUAUGGGAGGAUGCAGUCUUUGGAGACCGGGAUUUCUGGUCUCCAAGCCGGAAUGGUGAAGCUCGUUGACGACCAGAACACAUUUUGCCAGAAGAUCCAGGGCGAAACUGACGGACUGGGAACGCGUGUAAACGAAUGCUGUGGGAGGAUGCAGUCUUUGGAGACCGGGAUUUCUGGUCUCCAAGCCGGAAUGGUGAAGCUCGUUGACGACCAGAACACAUUUUGCCAGAAGAUCCAGUGCGAAGUUACCGGGCUGGGAGCGCGUGUAAACGAACGCUGCGAGUAGGCCGGCAGGAAAGAAUCGCAAGAACAAACACGACUACUGGAUGUCAAUCCAGGGGUCCGCGGUUCCUGCGAAUGGCCACUCUCGGUGGCAAAAGCGUACAAAACCUGUUCCGCCAAAGGGCAGUGCGUUUCCUCGCCGGGGUUUCAGGUUAUUGGGGCUGACGGACCGUGGCACCUGAUGUUCUACCCCCACGGAGUAAAUGAAGAAGCUGAAACGAAUAAUAAAGCGAGUAUUUUUGUGGCGAAAAAGCACAGUCCCGGCGACGGUCGUCGGUACAGGACUAGUGGGAGAAUUGUCCUGCGUACUACAUCUCAGGGGUACGGAGCUAUACCGAACGAUACCGUUCUCGCCGAAACAACAUGGAGCGACAAGGUUUGUAUGCACGCUGGACCUCUCGGCGAGUGCAAUUUCGUCGACACAACGGUCCUGCGCCUGUACGACGAAGUGACAUUCGUGGUCGACAUAGAAUCGCUGCGGAUCUGUCUGCCGAAGUACUACUGAAGUGGCCAAAUAUCACGCUUUAUUCCAAAACGUGAUAAGUAUGAAGAUUCCAUCCACGACUGGGUAACAUCUUUUCAACCCUUUACUGGUUAACAUCAUCAUCGUCAUCCACUUUCUAUUUCCACAAGCAAAGAACCGCGAAGGAGCAAGAACGACAGUUUCCGAUUUGUAUUUAGCACAAAAAGUUCCGGACGAUUUUAAUUUUUAUCAGUAUCGCCGUGAGCC